UCUUGCCAAGAGGUUUUCCCUGGCAAGUCCCUCGAUGCUCCUUCCCUCCAAGCCGUUGCCUCCCAUCCAGAGGAGCUCUCCUUCUGCCACGCCAAGCAAGAUGUGCAGCAGAGAGCAGGAGACUGGGAAUGCUGGCAACGGCUGGGAUGAGGAGAGUAGAAAAAGCCAGGAGCUCAGAGCAGAGGGAAAAGGAAGAGAGACCUCCUUGCUGUGCUCCACUGGCGGGGAAAUGAAGAAGAGACAAUUGGGAAAAUCUUUAAUCCCCCGUCUACGCAAGGCAGGAAUUCCCCCUGUGGGCAGUGCUGCUGGGUCUGUGCACAGCUCUCCAAAGAUGGAAUUGCAGGAGUCCCAGGAGAUGAGCGCAAGACCCAGCAGCAGAAGCCAAGAGAAGACCCCAGAGUAUGCAGGCCUCUCACUGAGUCAGGCCAAGGAGACAGAUCAUCCCAGCAGUCCUGGUCUUAGGAGUGACAAGGAGCGGAGGGACAGCAUUGGAAAGACCCGCGCUGAAUUGUGCAGGUUGGCUAAAGAGAACUUAGAGCAGAAGAAAAUGGAGAUUUUGAUGGAAGAGAUGAAGAGGAGACAAAAUGAAAAAUCAUUGCAGCUUCCUCCAGAGACAUUUGAGCCUGGAGAUGCAGCUGAAGCAAGCUUCAGCCUACCACCUAUCAAUGGCACAGCUCCCAGUGUACAGAGAAAAGACCCUGGUAGCGCCAUGAAGAAAACGGUCGUGAGAAAGCAGGACAUGGUGCCCUUACAGCCCAGUACGCCCACCCUCCAUGGAGAUAGCAGCUUCCCACGCAGCUCCUCGGUGACCUCGCAGACAGCCACUGGUGCCCAGCGCCGAGAGGAGCUGCUCCGUGGGCUCAGGCAGAAGGACAGAGCCUUUUCGGACCCACAGCAGGCCUUGCAGGAGGCACUGUCCUUGCUGGGCAGCGACGACUGGGAACGGAAGAAGAAGGGACUCUUGAACAUCAUAGUGCUGGCUGAGUCCCAUUCAGAAGUCCUGCUCUGUCGGCUUCGUGAGAUUUGCUUGGCAGUUACCAGAGAGGUAACCAACCUCCGGUCCAACAUGUCCUGCUCUGCAGUUGUCACUCUGGGAGAGCUCUUUGUGAUCUUGGGGAAGGACAUGGACUCCGAGGUGGAUCAGAUUGCUGCAGUCCUUCUCCACAUGUUGCGGAACUCCCCAGAGUUUAUUCAGAAGGCAGCCUGUCAGAGCCUGGGCAUGAUAGUAGAGAACGUGACUCCUACACGAGCAAUGACUGCUCUCAUGGACAAUGGAGUCAAGAGCUGCUACGUCCCGGCACGGAAGUGUACGGCCAAACUCCUCCUGUCCUUGAUGGAGAAAAUGGGAGUCACGAAGCUUGCAGGCACACCCAGGGCUGAGAGGCUGGCACAGGUGGCAGGGACACUUGCUCAGGACAGUCACAAGGACACGAGGCAUUAUGGACAGGAGAUGGUGAAGAUGUUGCUUAGUAAUCAAAAUUUUAAAAAGCUUUUGGAACAAUCUCUUUCCACGCAUGACCUGGAAGAUAUCCUGAAGAGAAUUAAGAAGAAAGAAUACUGCCCUGCUGUCAAGCCCUGUGGAGCUGGAAGAAGCUUGGGGAUGGAAAACCAGAAGGAUGAACGCCCACCUGUGCAGGAGCCGGUGAAGAAGAGGAAUGAAGGCUCCAAGGAGCCCCAGGCCACAUCACCUCCUAGCAAACGGGCAAAGUCUGCCACUGGUGGACGCCGCCUACACCGUGCAAGAGCCCAGGUCAUGUUACCUGCAUCUGUGGAAGAAAGGGAGCUGCUCCAGAAGCUUUACCAUCUCCUGGAAGCCAAGGCGUUCCAGACACGGAUGGAAGGAGUGGCACUCCUCCUAGACCUGUCCAAAACCAGACCCCAGCUGAUCUCCACUAACAUUGUCAAAGCAUAUUUUUGAUUAUUUUGGCCUGAGAAUCUGUGACACACAUAAGAAAGUGAAGCAGAAGGCGCUGGAGGCGCUGGCAGAAAUCAUAGGACUCCUGCAGGAUGCCAUGAACCCAUUGAUGAUCCGUUUGGUUGAAGGCAUAACAAAGAACCUAAACUCAAAGGAUCCUGGGGUUCAUGCCGCAGCUAUGACGCCUCUGGACCAAUCUGUUGUGCAUUUAGGUAAGGCUGAGCCCUGGCAUGGACUCUCCUCACCUGUGUCUCUGUCUCUCCGACACAAGAGAACGCUGAGUGCCUUGGUAGCUGUUGCUGUCUGUGGAAUGCUCCAGCUGACACCCACCAGAAGCUGUGCAGGUGCAGUCCUUAUGCACCAUCCCCAACUGGCUGGAAUGUGCAGCAGCAUUUCCCAACAGUCCCAGGAGCCCUUGGCUCUGUGCUGCUGGUCUGAAGAGCAAGUCCUGGACUACAGCUUUGCUGCAAUUCAGAGGCAAAGGGGUUUUGGAGUUUGCUUGGGCCCCGUCUGACUUGCCAAAUGAACAGCUUUGCUGUAGGCAUGAAGGGACACCGGCCCAUCAGAGCUUCUGCACAGCAGCCACCUGGAAGGCUCUACAUUAUAGGCAGUAGCUGCCUGUUUUCCACCUUUCUUCUUUGUCUUCUUUUUUCAAAGGGGACCAUAGGAUUCAUCAAGUUCAUUUCUUUAUAACACAUGGGUCAAAAUCCAUCUGUCAAUGAUGCCUUGUUCCACACGUUGUUUUGCAUGGGACAAGAAGGAAAUGGCAAAUACCUACAGAGGCAAGGGCAGCUGUAAAUUUUUCUGCCACACAGAUUGAUGUCAGGUCUGAAAAUGCCACACUGGGGGAAUAUGACUGAACAAUGGAGUGUUGAAGAGGCAGGUCUUCAAGGGGAGUUUCCACUUUCUCCACCUCAGCUGCUCUGUGAAGUCAGGGAUUACCUGACUCAGUGCCUCUCUGUGUCCCAAGUAUGGGCUUCUUCCUUUUGGCUCUGCGAUGCAGAACCUUUUCACUGCUUCCAUGUGACUGAACUCUUGAGGACCCUGAUGUGAAAUAUUUUAACAUAGCUCCUGGUGGAGCAGACAACUUUGGAUUUACAAAUGUGAAAGGAGAGCUUUUCUUUUGGCGUUUUAAACACCAACAAGUAGGCUGGAAGGAAAGAAGAAAAGGAUUCAAAAAUCAGCAGAAAUGGACUUUAUUGUAUAAAAUGGGGUUGCCCCUGCUUUUUCCCUUGCCACUGUCCUCUCUCCUAUGCCCUCAGAAGAGUGAACAGAAACGUGUGUUUCACUUGUAGAUGAAGUAUCACUGAUGAAAGAGCUCUGCCACCAAUGGAGACAACUGAGUGGCCAAGCUCUGCUGGAUGUCACGGAACGUAUCACAGGUACGGCCUCCCCUUCUAAGCCAAGAGGUCUCCGAGGGAGUAUUUACAGGGAAUGCCAGUGAACAGACAGUAGAGUAGCUCCUCCACAUCAGGAGGUGCUGAGCUCUCACUGGGGCCCUUCUCAAGUCCCAUAGUGGCCAGUGUCUUUAAUUGCAUUUAAACUCAAAUGAAGUCCAGUUUUUGAAUGGGUACCAUAACCCUUUUCCUGCUUAGCCAAAUUGGUUUUGGGUACUUUCAGGAGCUCUUUCAAUGUUGAUGACUGCUGGUGGAUUAACAGCAUAGAGGAAAUGAAGUUUCUUCCACCACAGAAUAGUAAAUGGCUACUACAUAACAGUUUGCCUGAUCAGGAAACAAGACUGGUCUCCUGAGCAUUUCAGGUUUUGAUCUUUCAGCCAAAUCUGCCAUGCAAGGAGCCUGUUGGUAGUCACUUUUUGUCUGUGUUUGAUAUAGUUCAGUUCAGAAAAUGAGCAGAGAGCAGAUUCCAGAGGCAAUCUGAGAAAACCCUUGUGUUUUGGCUAAAUUUCAGUCCCCUAUGUAGCCUUUUUCUCUCUCUAUGCCCCUAUUUCAGUGCACAUUUUAAGAAGAAAUGCUAUUAACAUUGGGAGGGGAAAUGUCAUUAAAAUGUGGAGAUGCUCAAGUGACAGGGCAAAUGCCAGGGCAAUGGGUCUGGGUAAUUCUCCAAGACACCCUGAGGUUUGAAACAGCUCUUUGUUGGAAGCCACAAAAGCAUUCUGCCAAAGACACCAGCUAGUCUCUGGUGGUUCUCAUCCAGCUGUCAAGUAGCAGCCAUCUCUGGUGGGCUGGAGUUUUGGAGUGUGUUCUAAUACUGCCCUUUGCUGUGGGCCAUGGAGCAAAGGGGAGAGCCAGAUUAGACUUUUGGCCCUUGACAUCAAAGUUACAAAAAAUGGAAUAAUUGCUUUUAUUAGAAAUCUCUCAAUUGUCUCUCUAGGGUGCAUUUCCAAAUCUUCUACGUGGGUUUAGACAACUUGUAAAUGGAAAUAGUAGGCAAUUUGACGUUUCAUUCAUUGUUCAUGCAGAAAGAAAUUGUGCAAUAAUUGAGUAAAGGUACAAAGUCUGCCACAGGUACAAGGCUCUGGUUGGAGAUAUUAGUCCCGAGGGGUUGGUGGUUGUGUUUCAAGGAUGAUCAGCGGCUUUGCCCAUUUCUGGGUCGUGGGGCUGUGUGUGCUGUUUCACUGAUCUUGGCCCGAGAGGCUUCCAAGAGGCAAGAGCAGAGGUAGAUCCCUGUUUGCAUGGAGGC